GUUGGAGGAAUUAUUUCAACUAUUUAUUAACUAUUGUGUAAAAGUAGAGGAAAAGGCUGCACACACUAUGUCGGAUGAAAUCUUCAGCACAACUUUGGCAUAUACCAAGAGCCCUAAAGCUACGAAGAGAACUUCUUUUCAGGAUGAGCUGAUCAGGGCAAUUACAGCCCGAUCAGCCAGGCAGAGGAGUUAUGAAUACUCGGAUGACUUUGACAGUGACGAGAUCGUUUCUUUAGGUGAAUUUUCAGAUACCUCAACAGAUGAAAGUCUAGCUAGAAAAAAGAUGAACGAUUUUCAUAUAUCUGAUGAUGAGGAAAAGAAUUCUCCAAGACUAUCUUUUCUGAAAACCAAGAAAGUAAACAGUGAUAUCUCCAAAGAUGAGCAGGGACCUGUCAUUCGGAACAGUGACGACAUCUCACCAGAUGGUCAUGAAGAUACGAUUGGAAUCUCCUUUUGCAGAUCUCAAAAUGAUGAUCCGGAAGCUGGAAAAGCAAUCAUUACAGUAAAGCCUAAACCCAGGAUUCUCCCCGUCAACAGAAGUACAUCCUCAGGGGAGAAAAACAGCAGUCUUGAAGGAGAUGGUCACUUUAAGCCUUCGCCUCGGCCAAGGAGCAUGUUAAAGAAGAGCAGCCACACUGAAGAGGGGCAGAGACCAGGCGCUGAUAAAGACCAUCCCAUGAGUGAGGAUGCUCCUGCCACACCAUCCCUUCCAGGGCAGAAUGGCAUGGAGUUGGAAACUGAGGAAAAAGUGUACUUGGAAAACCUUGAUCUCGAGGACUCGCUCUUACAAAGUCUGACCUCAUCUUCCCUCAAAGAAAGCCCUGGAAGCUGCACUUCACCAGGAUCUCAGGAAAAGGCGUCCAUAAAAGAACCAACUGAGAUCUGGGAUUCCCUGAUAUCCAAUGAGAAUGAAGGAAGUUCGGUGUUGGUGAACUGUGCUGCUCCUGAACUUGAGCAGCCCGAGGAAGGCCAGGUGGCAGCGGACAACCUUGAAAGAGACAAAGAGAAGGCUGGGUUUACAGAUGAUGACCUCACCACUGACCCGCUGCUCUCCACGUCCCCGAGUCUCAUAACACCCACUGAGCCAGCCGAGCCAGCCAAGAAAACAAAUGAAGACAGAAACACGAAGAACAAAAAGUCAACCAAUAACAGAGUGUCCAGUGCCUCUGGCAGGCUGAUGACCUCUGAGUUUUUAAAGAAAUCCGGUCCCACCAGGAGAAGUCCAUCUGCAGCUACCUCUUCCCACUAUUUAGGGACUUUGAAAGUCUUGGACCAGAAGCCACCUCGGAAGCAGAGCUUAGAGCCCGACAAGGCUGACCACAUAAGGGCAGCUGUUUAUCAAGAGUGGCUAGAAAAGAAAAAUGUGUAUUUACAUGAAAUGCACAGAAUAAAAAGAAUUGAAAGUGAAAACUUAAGGAUCCAAAAUGAACAGAAAAAAGCUGCUAAGCGAGAGGAAGCACUAGCAUCAUUUGAGGCCUGGAAGGCUAUGAAAGAAAAGGAAGCAAAGAAAAUAGCUGCACAAAAGAGGCUGGAGGAAAAAAACAAGAGGAAAACAGAAGAAGAAAACGCUGUGAGGAAAGGCGAGGCCCUGCAGGCAUUUGAGAAAUGGAAAGAGAAAAAGCUGGAAUACCUGAAGGAGAAGAGCAGGAAGGAGAAAGAGCAUGAGAGAGCAAAGAAGCAGAAAGAAGAAGAGACCGUCGCUGAGAAGAAGAAAGACAAUUUAACUGCUUUUGAAAAAUGGAGUGAGAAAAAGGAAGCUCUACUCAAGCAAAAGGAAAAGGAGAAGAUAAAUGAGAGAAGAAAGGAAGAGCUGAAGAGGGCGGAGAAGAAAGACAAGGACAAGCAAGCCAUCAGUGAAUAUGAGAAGUGGCUGGAAAAGAAAGAAAGGCAGGAAAGAAUUGAACGGAAACAUAAGAAGCGCCAUUCCUUCCUUGAAAGUGGGACACACACCCCAUGGAGCCCUCCAAGCAGAACUGCGCCCUCAAAAGUAUUUUGACAAUUCUGGUUCUUGAUUUAUCAGUUCACUAACUUUACCCAUGGAUUUAAAACCAGUCAUCUCAUUAUAUGUGGUUAGAAGAAUCUGUUUGUAUUACCCACGGGAGCUUCUACGGAGCAUGGGAGAGACACUUUGCAGUUUUGUCAGUGGAAGCAUUUCUGAAGUGUAGAUAAACUGCCUCAGACAAUAAGCUAAUCAGAUUGCUGGGACAAUCCAGAUGCAUGAAGCUUUAUCAUGUCCUGAUCAUUCCUGAAGUAGGGUGAUCCGUGGUCAGUGUCACUGAGAUCUGCAUCUUUUAAAGCAUGUUUCAUCCCACUAAUGAGAGGAAGCCAUCUAGACACCACAGUCACACGGAUGACUUGGCAACUAUGGGCAUAUUGUUUCCUCUCUGGCUUUCAGCUCAGAUCAGUGUCUACACUGCAAGUUAGAGUCUCGGCCAGUGGAGGCCGCGGGACUCUAGUUGUCACUUUAUUUAAGAUCUUUGCCUUAUGGUUGAAUCUCAGUGUGUGUUGCCUGUGAGGCUUACCUGACAAUCACAGCCACUUCUCUAAUGGGCUCACUUCUGAAAUGUUUUUUGUAAAUUCCAUCUCAAUCUGUUUAUCGUCUGG